AUGAAAGCCCUAUCCUUAACCGUCACAGCGGCCCUCAUCGCCCACUCCGCCGCAGAAUGCACCCGCGACCUCCUCCGCAACGUAACCAAAGACCUCCUCACAGCCUACACCUCAGGCACGCCCUCCUUCCCCUCCCUCGGCACCUCCGUCACCUACACCGAGAACCGCAAAACCCUCUCCAUCACCAAAGGCAUCCUCUCCCAGCCCCUGAAAAUCGACUACAACCGCACCCAGCACGACGUCCCCCAAUGCGCCGCCUUCGCCGAAGUCAUCGUCACCAACCCAUCAAAACCCUACGUCAUCCACACGCAGGUCCGCCUCGAUAACUCGACGUACAAAGUCGCCCAGAUCGACAGCAUCGUUACGACGAAAGGGGACUGGCUGUUCAACGUCACGGGGACGUAUUACUGGGCCAGUCGCGAGAAGUGGGACGAGAUCCCCGCGGCGAAGCGUGACUCGCGAGCCGUGAUUCAAGCGGCAGGCGAUGCUUAUUGCGACGUCUUCAACGAUAAGAGCGUCAAGGUGCCGUGGGGGCAGCCGUGCGCGAGGCUCGAGGGGGGCAUGUAUACGGGGAAGGGGGCCGCGAAUGAUCGGUGCGAUGUCGGUGUUCCGAAUGGUGUGAAGUUGGUGAAUAGGCAGUAUGUGGUUGAUGAGGAGUAUGGGACUGUGGACAUUAUCAUGGAUUUUGCGGGCACGCCGGGGAAGGUGGGUGCGGCGGGUUUGCCGGAUAGUCAUGAGUUUAGGGUUGAAGGGGGGAAGUUGAGGUAUGUGCAUACGUUGUCGUCUUGUGGAGGGAGGUCGUGUAUGUAG